AUGAUAAUAAAAAUAUUUCAAUUUAUUAUUUUGCUAUCAUUUAUACUAUUAUAUGUAAAUGGUAAUGAAUAUUGUUCAACAUUAAUUUCAUGUAAGUAUGAAGUUCAAAAACAAUUUAGAUUAUGUAUACAAAAUGUUUUAAAAUUAUUUUUGGAAACAAAUAAUUUUCCUGAAAAUUAUCUUGAUGCUAUUAAAUGUAAAAAAAAUGCUCAAACAUUUGAGAAACUUCAAAAUAAUUCUAUAAUAACAAAACAUAAUGAAACAUUAACCUGUGCAAAUAAUACAAUGUUUAGUGAUUCUUUUAGCAAUAGUACAAAAUUAAAAUGUUCUAUUUUGACAAGUGAAAUAAAAAAUAAAUAUAUAUUUAAAAAUAUUGGUAAGUCAACAUUUGAAGAAUGUUUAGAUCAAAAAGUGAUUGCUGAUGAGAGGUGUGAAGUUAUUGAAGAAUGCUGCCCAACAAUUGGUAAAUGUAAUCCAAUAUAUAAUAAACCUAAUCAAGAAAGAUUUAAAAGAAUUUUUAAAACUAAAUCACAAAUAUUAACAAAUUGUUUUUUUAAUCAUAAAAUAGCAUUAGUAAAUCCAGAACAAAUUUUAUCAUCAAAUGUUAAUAAAACAGUUGAUAUUAAAAAUAUUACAGAAACAAAAAAUAAUACACAAUCAAAUGUAAAUAUUAAUCAAAUUGUUUCAAAUAACGAUAAUAAAGUUAGAAAAAUAACAAAAGAAGAGAAAGUUGUAAAAAAACAAUCGUCAAAUAAGAAAAAAAAGAAUAAUAAAUUAAAAAAGAAAGGACACGGUAAUUUAUCAUUAGAUGAGACAAAAAAUAAAAUUAAUCAAAAUAAAAAACAAAAAGAAAGUUAUAAAUUGAAUACUAAUAUUGCUAGAAAAGUUUUUGCUACAUGGGGAUGUAAUUCUGUUGAGGUAUUAAAUUCCUUAGUAAAUGUUUUUACUAAAAAAUGUUCCAAAAUACAAGAUAAAAGUUUAAAAGAAGAUACUGUAAAAAUGCCUACAAUUGAAACAAUAGAAAAUGUGUUAAGAAAAGAUCAAAAAGUUUUGACUGCACAUUGUGUAAGAGAACAUAAAGAAUUUGGUGGUAAAUGUUCUGAUGAAACAAAUCUUGCCCCAUACAAAGAAAUUGGUGAUAAUAUUCAAUUUUGUAGAAAUUAUGAUAUACUUGAUUCAUACAAAGAAAUAUUAGACUCUAACAAUGAUGCUGAUAACUGCCAUAUCAAAUAUUCAAAAUUCAAAUUACAUUUAUAUAAGUUAAAAAAUUGUUGUUUAUGGAAUUUUAAACAAAAUUGA